AUGAAUCCAGGAACACAAUUAACAAAGACUGAAGAAGGAGAUCUAGUAGAUGCAACACAUUACAGAAGCCUGAUAGGUUCUCUCAAAUACUUAUUGCAUACAAGGCCAAAUCUAUGUUACACAGUCAGUCUGCUUAGUAGAUUCAUGCAAGAACCAAAGGAGCAACACUUGAAAGCAGUAAAGCAAGUACUACGUUAUAUAAAAGGAACUAAAGAGUAUGGAAUCAUCUACAAGAAGCAAGGAGGAUGUAAGAUCACAGGUUAUAGUGAUAGCAGUUAUGGAGUUAAUACAGACAAAGGAAAAGGAACAUCUGGUCUGGUAUUCUACUUUGGAGAAUCACCUAUAACCUGGUGCACACAGAAGCAACAGACAGUGGCACUAUCAUCAUGUGAAUCGGAAUUCAUGGCAGCCACUGAAGCAGCAUGCCAAGCACUAUGGCUUAAGAGAUUGUUAAGCGAAAUUACAGGCUGGAAGGAAGAAAAAAAUAACACUAAGGGUGGAUAA